AUGGAACCUGACAGCAACUCUCCAGCUCAAGUCGGCCCUGGGGCCGACCGCGAUUGCAUCAAAGUGGCAGUAAGGCUGCGGCCCUUGCUAGAGGACGAGAUCGCGAAAGGUGUGACUCCAGCGUCGUGGCAUACCUCAGGCCAGUCCAUAUCUCUGCCUAUGGUAGAGUGGCGGAGGGCAUCACAACGCAACAGUGUGCGAACACCAGAGGCCAACCCCACACCUCCUUGCUCUGUAAGGAAACAUGAGAGGAACACGAAAUAUCAAGUUGAAGCUGACCACGUCUUCACCAAUGAGUCCACCGAGCAGGUCUAUGCGGCCGUUUUCAAGGACACUGUAUCGAAUCUUAAAAGUGGCCUCAACGGGGCUCUGUUGGCCUAUGGACAGACAGGCUCAGGAAAAACCUACUCCAUGUUUGGCUCCCGUAUAAACGGCCGAAGAACUCGAGGGAUCCUUCACUUUGCAGCUGAUGACAUAUUCGCGUUCAUUGAGGCCGAUCCCAGCAGAGAAUACCUCGUGAGGAUGUCCUAUUUGGAGGUCUACAAUGAGAGAGUAAAUGACCUACUGCGGCCCUUUUCUCCGGACAGUCGCAACUUGCCGGUUCGGGAGGACACCAAGGGGUCGCCUGGGGAGUUCUACGUCGAAGGUCUCAAGGAGAAGAUAGUCCGUAGCAGCGCUGAGAUCAUCUCUGCUUUGGAGAGGGCGGAGGAUCGACGUCGAGCGGUGGCAAGCUCUCAGUUCAACGAGAUCUCUAGCCGCAGUCACGGUAUGUGCUUUAUCAAAGUGGAGAGUAGCAAGGGCGCUAGCGGCGCCGAGGAGGAGGUGGUGGAGGAGGAACUCACUCGAGUAGGCGUCUUGUGUUUGGUGGACCUGGCGGGUAGUGAGAGGAGCGAUGACAUCACCAACAGACUGGAGACCUGUAGUAUCAACAAGAGCCUCUUCUUCUUGAGGGAGACCAUCAAUAAGCUCUCCUCAUGGAGCCUCGAGAAGGCAACGGUCCCCACCUCGCCGGCCCCUCACAUCUCCUGGAGGGACAGCAGACUAACUCAAUUACUGGUGCCGUUCCUUUCUCCCUCGGCAGGGGCGAGAUCAGCGAUACUCGUUACGUUGCAUCCUGGCUCCCAGAGGUCGGUCAUAGAGCACUCAGUGUCUUCCCUACGCUUCGCCACUAGAGCGGCCACUGUGGCAGUAUCAGCCGAGCCAAUGGUGCAUUAUGUCUCGGCAGAACACAGCAUGAUCGCUAAGCAACGGGAAAUGAUAAACGUGUUGCGAGCUCAGAUAGAGCAGUUGAGAUCAGCAUCUCCUGAUAAGAAGACUGAGAGUCCUUCGAGUGGCGUCAACUACGUGUCUGAUAGUCGCGACUUGGACAAUAUCGUCCUGAGGCUCCACCAAGCCGCUAGCAAUCUCAAGCGCCGUCAGGGGGCACUGGUGGGCACGGCAGAGCAUCUCCUGGAAAGGAUGGACCAGGAGGGAGACGAUACCCAGGAGGAAGAGUUCUCACAUGACGAGGGGUCACCUUGUGUCGUGUGCAACACACGCCGGAGGCUGCUGACUGUGGUUCGCCGAAAGUCCCAGCAGAGCGCUCCUAGGAGGGGACCGCGAGGCCCACUGAGGGGGGACGAUGUCAGUCAGCUACUCUCGGAUAUAGACUUCCAGGAUCGCCGCCAGAACGACAGUCCUAGCGAGACCACAGCAGACGUCUCGGAUGACUCGGGCGUGGCCACUGCAGUUUCUGAGACCAGCCCCCACACGCCAGAGCGUGUCGCGGUCAACAGUAGAGUCGAGGUGACGAUCCUGAGACAACAGUUGAGGCAGGCGAAGAACGAGGCCGCUGAGGCCAAGAAGGAAAUCCAGCGGCUCCAAGACCAAGCAAAUGCGGAAGCACUAUUGAUGGAGAGCUCGUCUCUGGCAGCACCGCAAUCGUCUCCACGUGAGUACUUUACCAACUACGGCGCGAUCCGUAUGCCAGUGAUGCGGCUCGGUGGGAUGCUGCCUACGAAUUCCCCAUGA